AUGUUGGCAUAUGCAACGACAGCCAGAAUAGCGAUGAGCACGAUCGCAUUUACCGUUCUCUUUUGUUUCUUAUUACCAUUUUUCUUUAUCAGUUAUACAACUAUUGCACUUUCCCGCAAGCUCUGGUUGAUAAUCUUGUUCAAACGCUAUCCAUGGCUAAAGCGAACGAACAUUCAAGGCAUCAAAAGUUUCGUAGAUCGGUCACGAAAUCCUGAGGUGUUGUGUGUGCUAAUGGAGAUGGAAGGAGAAAUUGAUAUAGUGCAAUUGCGAGCAGAAUUCUUACAUCACAUUAGCGAUUGCAGCAGCAGACAUAUGCGACUUUGCUUGCCACAGUUUAUUUUGCCUUUUAUGUCGUGCUGGAACAAAUAUGCCUGGCUGAAGGGAACUCGUUGUGCGGAUGAGCACAUAAUUUUAGCCCCAUCCAUGCAUCGAAAUCGUCAUAUGAAGGAACUGAUGUGUUUACUAAACAUAACGAAAGUCGACAGUUUCAAUACGAACGUUAAAGAUUCGUUGAUAACGAGCAAAACAUCUUUUCUUCCAUGGCGGAUCGUGUGCAUUCCCAUCGUUGGCGACACGACAAACGAGUACAACGAAAAAUGCGUCACCUCCAACUACCUGUUGUACAUGAUCGAUUUGAAGCUGCUCAGUGAUGCGGAAAAGCACAGUCUCAACUAUAUUCCAACGAACGGUUAUUUGGAACGUGCAGAUCCACUGUUUGACAAUGUGCUUGAGAAACCGUACUACAUUCCCCGAUUGUGGAAUUACAUUCUUUCCUCUAUACGCUACCACUGGAACGAGUUCGUGUACCAGCACGAUCCACUCGAGUCACCCGACAUCGAACGCAAACAGUACGCAGGAAUGAACCAACUGCUUUCUGCUAUGUUCAUUUCCGUUGUGUACGUUUGCGGGGAUUUCUUUUGCUCAUUUAGGUCCAUCAAAGGAAGCCCACUCGACAAAAUCGAUCAUCUUAAGCGGCUCAUUGAACGAGAAAUCGACAAACGAAACCUAACGAUGCGUACUAUCUGCGAUACAUUUUUGCAAUCGCUUGAACCCGUAAACUUACUCAAGGAGAGUAUCUUUCUCAUUUGGAAAACUCUAGCUAUAGUUACGCUUAUGGUACCAUGGUACGCGUGGAGAGAAACUGAAGCGUUACUACUCUACGGAUGCAAAGGAAUAGUCGACAGUAGUACGAUUGUUGGAUUCGUCGUUGAAUGCGUUCCGAUUUGUUACGGUGUGGUCCUAGAAUGCUGGCGAAUGAUGCGACUGCUAGUAGAAGUCAGUCUACGGCUGCAUGAAUAG